AUGAACCGGAUCUUCGGACAAGCUAAACCGAAACAGCCCCCUCCAAAUCUGACUGAUGUGAUUUCCAAUGUAGAUAGUCGGGCCGAAUCUGUCGAUAAAAAAAUCGAUAAACUGGAUGAGGAACUUAAAAAAUAUAAACUACAAAUGCAAAAGAUGAGAGACGGUCCUGCAAAAGAGAGCGUUAAAAUGAAGGCUUUAAGAAUUUUAAAGCAAAAGAAGGUGUAUGAAAAUCAAAAGGAACAACUUUCCAACCAAAGUUUUAAUAUGGAACAGACAAAUUUUGCUAUCCAGACCGUGCGUGAUACCAAAGUUACAGUGGAUGCCAUGAAAGUCGGUGCCAAAGAAUUAAAAGUGGAGAUGAAAAAAAUUAACCUAAAUAAUGUGGAAGACCUUCAAGACGAUUUAGCUGAUCUACUCGUCUCAACUGAUGAAUUACAAAAUAUUCUCAGUCAGUCCUACGCGACACCCGAUAUAAAUGAAAAUGAUCUGGAACAAGAAUUGAUGGGUUUGUGUGAUGAGCUAGGUUCUGAUACAACGUAUUUAAAUGAAGACUUUAACGCACCUUCUGUUCCAACGGGGAUUCCUGGAGAAAGUUUACCAACUCCAGCCAUGGGUACUAUGCCGUCUGCUAACAAUAUCAAACUGGACGAAUUUGGUUUGCCUCAGAUUUCGUGA